UUACCUCCAAGCCUCCGCCGAACUCAGACGCAGCUCGCUCCGAGACCCCGAGCGCCCCCAGCGUCUGUUUAGUGCAACACGUCCGGGUGAACCCAGGCUAGCCGCGCAUACCCGCCCACCAGACUCCGGCAUCCAAGAUGGGAGGCUUGAAGCAACGACCCUGGACCCCCACCAAGCGGCGGGGCGCCAUCGCCGCCGAACACCAGAGCCCCGGCCCCGCGUGUGUCAGCCUGCCCACCCUCAUCGGUACCGUUGCCCCCGAUUCGAAACGCGAGCGCGCCCCCGCCUUCAGCUUCGGCAGCAGGCACGGCGCGAAAAACGACAGCCCUGGCCCCGGCCCGGGGCAGUACAACGUGACGGGCCUCAGCGCCAAAGGCAAGGACAGCCCGCCCUCCGCCACGCUGCACUCGCGGCCCAAGGAGACCAACCCCGACGCCACCCCCGCGCCCGGGGACUACAACCCCGACCCCCACGAGACCUCCCCCAAGUACACCUUCGGGCUCAAGGUGCAGCACGACAAGCCGUCCAGCACCCCAGCACCGAACACUUACCUGGCGGAGAAGCCCGCCUCCACCCCGGAGUUCUCGUUUGGCGCGAGAACCCAGCUGGAGAAGCCAAGAGACACCCCCGCUCCUGGUGCUUACAACCCAGAAAAGCCAGGCCCCGCCUUGCCGGCCUACUCGUUUGGCCUCAAGACGCCGCUGGAGAAGCCUUGCGACACGCCAGCGCCCGGCGCCUACAACCCCACCUUGCCCGAGCACCACCUGGCCUACUCCUUCGGCCUCAAGACCGCGGUGGAGAAGCCCUCCGACACCCCCGCGCCCAACGCCUACAAGCCGGACAAGCUGACGCACUCCAUCAACUACUCCUUCGGCCUCAAGACCAACGGCGAGAAGCCCAGCGACACUCCAGCACCCGGCACCUACAACCCCCACCUGCUGGAGCACCUGCCCGCCUACUCCUUCGGCCUCAAGACCCCUCUGGACAGGCCCAGCGACACCCCUGCACCCAACGCCUACAAGCCGGACAAACUCACCAACGCGCCCAACUACUCGUUCGGGCUGCGAACCCCCAUAGAGAAACCCAGCGACACUCCAGCCCCUGGCGCCUACGACCCGAACCUCAUCGAGCACCUGCCCGCCUACUCGUUCGGCCUCAAGACCCCCCUCGAAAAGCCCUCAGACACGCCUGCCCCGAACGCCUACAAGCCGGACAAGCUCGCGAACGCUCCCAACUACUCGUUCGGGCUGCGAACCCCCAUAGCGAAACCCAGCGACACUCCAGCUCCCGGUGCCUAUGAGCCACGCUUGCAUGAGCACCUGCCCGCGUACUCGUUCGGCCUCAAGACUCCCCUGGAGAAGCCGUCAGACACGCCGGCCCCGAACGCCUACAAGCCGGACAAACUCACAAACGCACCCAACUACUCGUUCGGGCUGAAAACGCCCGUCGAAAAGCCCAGCGACACCCCAGCACCCGGCACCUACAACCCGCACCUGCUCGAGCACCUGCCCGCCUACUCGUUCGGCCUCAAGACCCCGCAUGAAAAGCCCUCCGAGACCCCCGCCCCCAACGCCUACAACCCCGACAAGCCCAGCAGCACGCCCAACUACUCGUUCGGGCUGAGGACGCCCGCCGAGAAGCCUAGCGACACCCCAGCUCCUGGCGCGUACAACCCCCAUCUUCCCGAACACUUGCCUGCGUACACCUUCGGACUGAAAACCCCGAUGGAAAAACCGAAUGACACUCCAGCUCCAGGCACCUACGACCCGCACCUCCAGGAGCACCUGCCGGCGUUCAGUUUUGGCCACAAGACGCCCCUGGAGAAGCCCCUGGACACCCCAGCUCCCAACGCGUACAACCCGGACAAGCCGACGCACACACCCAACUACUCGUUCGGUCUCAAGACCCCACUGGAGAAGCCCAGUGAUACUCCAGCUCCCGGAGCGUACGACCCUCACCUCCUGGAGCACCUGCCAGCAUACAGCUUCGGCCACAAGACCCCCCUGGAGAAGCCCCUGGACACCCCCGCCCCCAACGCGUACAACCCGGACAAGCCGACGCACACACCCAACUACUCGUUCGGGCUGAAGACCCCACUGGAGAAGCCCAGCGACACCCCAGCACCGGGUGCGUACGACCCCCACCUUCUGGAGCACCUGCCGGCGUUCAGUUUCGGCCACAAGACGCCCCUGGAGAAGCCCCUGGACACCCCCGCCCCCAACGCGUACAACCCGGACAAGCCGACGCACACGCCCAACUACUCGUUCGGCCUGAAGACCCCACUGGAGAAGCCCAGCGAUACGCCAGCUCCCGGUGCGUAUGACCCCCACCUCCUGGAGCACCUGCCAGCAUACAGCUUCGGCCACAAGACGCCCCUGGAGAAACCCCUGGACACUCCCGCCCCCAACGCGUACAACCCAGACAAGCCAACGCACACACCCAACUACUCGUUCGGUCUGAAGACGCCACUGGAGAAGCCCAGCGAUACUCCAGCUCCCGGUGCGUACGACCCCCACCUCGUGGAGCACCUUCCGGCGUUCAGCUUCGGCCACAAGACGCCCCUGGAGAAGCCCCUGGACACCCCCGCCCCCAACGCGUACAACCCGGACAAGCCGACGCACACACCCAACUACUCGUUCGGGCUCAAGACGCCACUGGAGAAGCCCAGCGACACCCCAGCCCCCGGCGCUUACGACCUCGCCGUGUCGGAGACGAAUGCCGCUUACAGCUUUGGCCUCAAGACCCUUCUUGAGAAGCCCUCGGACACCCCAGCGCCCAACGCCUACAACCCGGACAAGCCGGAGCACGCCCCGGAGUACUCGUUCGGCCUGAGGACCCAGAUCGAGAAGCCCAGCGACAUUCCUGCGCCGAACGUGUACAACAUCCCGUCCGUACUGGGCAAGACGCUGGAGGGCAACAAGAAGGCCGCGCCCGCCUUCAGCAUCUCGGGCCGCCAGAAGGAGCCGCAGGACGAGCGCGCGCUGGUGCCGGGGCCCGGCGCCUACGAGGCCUCCGUGUCCGACUGCUACAACAACCACCACCGCUCGCCCGCCUACUCCAUCAGUUCGCGCUUCACCGUGCCGUCGGACGCCACCCUCAAGCCCGGGCCCGGCGCCCACUGCCCGGAGAAGGUCUCUGGCAACCACCGAUCCUCGCCGAGCUACACUUUCGGCAUCAAACACUCGCCCUACAUCCACAUCAAAAUUACGGACCCGCCGUGCAUGUUGCCGUGUUAGGUAGAGACGUCUGUGCCGGAAGCAUUGCAAGGUGCAGUUGGAUGUUCCUCCAGCUCAUACAUUUGGCAUCAAGCACUCCCAAUACCUUGGCUACCUGAAGGUUUUUGUGCAGUAAGACCAGCACUGCCCUGUGUUUGAUACUAACAUAUGCAAAAUCUCUCACGCUUGAAAUGGCAGUUUUAAUUCUGGCUGUUCAUCUUACAAGAGAAUAUUUGUGAUACAAGACGGAGUGUGAUAAUCCGAGCAAAAUUGUUAGAAAUCCAAUUCCCUGAUCUGCUCUGAAAAGUUUCACCUCAGUUAUAAUUUAUUAUCAUUUCAUGUUAUUUUAUUUAUUGUCAUUCAUGAGCCUCCCAUCUGAAAGGGAGUGGGAAUCGGAUUGCUUCCAGUUAAUCGGAAAAAUAAUUUUGACUUUUUACAGAACUAAUGUUAGUCCAGACUUGUUUAGCUGCCAAUAUAAACAAGUAUGGGUAAAUGUGAUGAAAAGUUUGAAACUGACCAUGAACUUUUAUUAGCUUAAAAGAUCAAAUUAUGUAAAAGCCAUUUCUCUCUUUUUUUUAACAAGAUGCAAAAGCUAGGAGCAAAAAGUGCUUCCAUUUUCUGAUUGUUGAAAUGGACAGAUCUCAAAAUGAGUAAAUAAAAUUAAGCAGAUGUAAGAAGAAAAAAUUGCACAACUUCAUAAGAGUGCACAGCAAGAGAUUGCACAGACAUCCACUUAUGGUUUUGAAAUAAAAUAGUAAUUUCAGGAAA